AUGUCUUCAGGCCCAUCACCAGUUGAACUUCGUCUUCAUCCCUUAGGAUGGAGAUCUGCCCCAGAAUCGGAGCGAUAUUCCCUCUCCCUCAUGGGUCACAUCAUGCCCAAGGUCUACGUCGCUGUUGCCGAAGUGUUUGCUCUCCCAGAAGACACCAGCAUUGAGGCGACAGUUCGUAACAUGACCGCUGGACUGGAGUUUACACUAUCCCAGUUCCCAAUCCUUAGUGGUGUUCUGGAGAUGAACGCUACCACUGGGACUAUGUGGGUGGCUAGGAAGCGGGACUCGACUGCCAGCUUGCACGUCAAGCACAUGCUAGGCCAAGACGAGUUCCCUAGCUACAAGGAACUGGCCGAAAAACACUUCCCAGCAAGUGCCCUCAAAGGAAGCCAACUCCUCCCCGAAUUCGUCACAGCCAAACCACUCCACUCUCCCCUUGGUGACAACAACGAGGAGGGAAUCGCUGUUGCUGCCUUUCAACUCAACUUCAUCCGAGGUGGUCUCGUCAUUGGUCUGGCCAUCCAUCACUCUGUAUCCGACGGGCCAGGAUGUGAUGGAUUCUUGACCACCUGGGCAGAAAACACUGUUGCUGCGGCAAAUGGAACUCCGUUCAUUCCUACGAAGCAUCAGUUUAGCAUUCACGGCACUCCUCUUGACAUUGAAAGCCCAACGAAGGCUAGAGUCGAGGAGCUUAGCAAGAUGUUCCCCGUUGUGCGAGAUGCUGGCGGCCCGAUGCCACCUCCUCCCGCCGGUUUCGUGAUGCCUUCCUUGGUUGCCCAGAUGUGGCACUUUCCCAAGAGCAAGCUUGACUUGCUGAAGUCUACGGCUUCGAACCAGGAUGGAGGCAGCUGGAUUUCUACCUACGAUGCAAUCAUGGCUCUCCUGUGGAGUAGCAUCACCCGUGCGAAGCUGGAGAUGCUCAAGCCAGACCCAGAAUUCAAGGCAAUCCUGGUCCAUGCCGUCGAUACCAGAAAGGUCUGGAACCCACCACUGCCUGAUCGCUUCUUGGGUGUUGGCGCUGCCGCCGCGCGCUGCGAGCCAUUGGCAGUCAAGGACAUCGUCGCGGGCAACCUGCCCCAGCUUGCGACGUCGGUACGAGGCUCAAUCAACGCCAUCACUCCAGAGUACCUUUCGAACCUGCUUCAGUGGGUAGCUGGACACGAGGAUCAGCGAUUCCUCGAGAUCAGCAUCAAUUCGUUCCUAGGCAUCGAUCUCGGCGCGUCCAGCUGGCAGGGCAUGACUGCGUACAAGGCGCACGACUUUGGCUUUGGACUUCCCAAGGCACUGAGAUGGCCGAACCCAGGUUUUGAGGGCUUUGUGCUGCUGUAUCCUAGCCGAGCGGGGUCUGUUGAUGCGGCUGAGAAUGAAGGCAUUGAAGUGUGUGUCUGCCUGGAGGAGAGCUGCCACAAGAGGUUGUUGGAGGAUGAAGUGCUCAUGGAGUAUGCACAGCCUAGGGGAGACUAG